AAACUCCCACCCAACCUCUGACACAAGUGGCAUGAACUUGGAGCCGGGCGAGUGCGGGAUGAACUCAGUGAGCUGUGGCAACGGGAAACUCCGCCAGUGGCUGAUCGACCAGAUAGACAGUGGCAAGUACCCCGGGCUGGUGUGGGAGAACGAUGAGAAGAGCAUCUUCCGCAUCCCCUGGAAGCAUGCUGGCAAACAGGACUACAACCGUGAGGAGGAUGCUGCCCUCUUUAAGGCUUGGGCUCUUUUUAAAGGAAAGUUCAGAGAGGGCAUUGAUAAACCAGAUCCCCCUACCUGGAAGACAAGAUUAAGGUGUGCUUUGAACAAGAGCAACGACUUUGAAGAAUUGGUGGAGAGAAGCCAGCUGGACAUCUCAGAUCCCUAUAAAGUGUACAGAAUAGUGCCAGAAGGAGCUAAAAAAGGUGCAAAGCAGAUCAGUAUGGAGGAGCAGCCAUUAAUGAUGAACCAUCCCUUUCCAAUAACGUCUCCUUACACUGCACUACCAUCCCAGGUACCGAACUACAUGGUACCCCAUGAACGGAACUGGAGGGAGUUUGCCCCGGAGCAGCCGCAUCCCGACAUUCCCUACCAGUGCGCUAGCGUCCCUUUCCCAGCUCGCAGUCAUCACUGGCAAGGGCCCGGCUGUGAAAAUGGUUGUCAGGUGACAGGAACCUUUUAUGCUUGUGCUCCUCCUGAGUCCCAGACUCCUGGCAUCCCGAUUGAGCCAAGCAUAAGGUCUGGUGAAGCCCUCGCCCUGUCAGACUGCCGACUCCACAUCUGCUUAUAUUACCGUGAAAUACUGGUAAAGGAGGUGACAACUUCUAGUCCUGAAGGUUGUAGGAUAUCCCAUGGCCAAAGUUAUGAGGUCAGCAGCCUGGACCAAGUUAUCUUCCCUUAUCCAGAGGAUAAUGGCCAGAGGAAGAAUAUAGAAAAACUACUGAACCACCUGGAACGAGGAGUAAUACUGUGGAUGGCACCUGAUGGCCUCUACGCUAAGAGACUUUGCCAAAGCAGGAUCUACUGGGAUGGGCCUCUGGCACUCUGCAGUGACCGACCCAACAAGCUGGAGCGGGACCAAACAUGCAAGCUCUUUGAUACUCAGCAGUUUUUAGCAGAGCUACAAGCCUUUGCUCACCAUGGACGUCCACUGCCGAGAUACCAGGUUGCUCUUUGCUUUGGGGAGGAAUUUCCAGAUCCACAGAGGCAGAGGAAACUAAUUACAGCCCAUGUUGAACCAAUGUUUGCCAGGCAGCUGUAUUACUUUGCUCAACAAAACAGUGGACAUCUGCUGAGAGGCUAUGAUUUACCAGAACUUGUGACUAGUCCAGAGGAUUAUCACAGAUCUAUUCGUCAUUCCUCUAUUCAAGAAUAAGAUCCUCAGAAAGAGUGUCUUUAAAGGCACUGUAAAGAUUGUGCAGAGUGGAGGAGCAGAUCUGGGUCACGAUUUGGAGAUCCACAUCACAGCUGGAUAUGUUCAGGGGUUCAGUGAUAGGAAAGUGAACUAGGACAACUAUAUUGUACAAUAAAAAUGACGUGUCUUCGACAUUUGGAUGCUCUGUCUCACAUAGAGUUCCACUGUUGCUGAGAAUAAUUCAAAACUGACAAAAUGAUUGCUGUUUACGUUUGCUUAAUGUUCUUCUUGGAUUUUGUGGAUUGAUACUUACCGAAGACAUCAAUCCAGAGUUUACACUGUUACCUUUGCAGGGCUAUUUAUUUUGGAUUACUGAUCUCAGGGAAAGUACAUAAAUUUGUGGUGUUCCCAAUUUGAAACUGUAGCUACUGUAGAUGGGUAGUAAAUGUAGAUGUUUAUUGAGAACAGCUAAUACAUGUUAGUGGUUAUAAAUUUAGAUUCGUAAGUGUGAUGUCUAUAUUCUUGUAUAGAAUAUUUCAGUGUAUUUUUUGAAAACAAUGCAAUUCUUCAGAGACAUAUUUUUUUAAUGCCUGACUGACAUUUGUCCUGACAAUGAAUUUUUUUGUUGCCAUUGUUUUUCUUGGAUUGGCCUCCAUGAUAACAAUUUCUGAGGUGAUGCAUUUAUGGUACUGUGUUAAGAAAAGUGACCGUUCAACUCAUAUUACCUGUGAAUUUAGUGGAUUAACCACUAAAAUUCUAGAGUCCCAAAGAGCAGG